UUUACUUCUUUAUUACCUAUCACUUCCUCCCUGCUGCUGCACCGGUACCUCUCCCCACGGUGGGGCUAAAUGUUGCGUGUUGCUGCUGCACCGUCCGAAGUCCGAAGACUCUGCCGCCCUCUGGUGGGACGUGAACCCGGGAGGAGAGGGCGCAGGUUCGGUUGUUAUGGUGAAGCAUUCCCCCUGAGGGCUGGAGCACAGGACAGCUGCCGACCUCAGCGUCACAGCCGCGGAGCAGCACAGGAGCCCCCCGUUGACCGGUCCCCUCCACAGUUCCAGACAGAAACAGUUUCAUCGAGCAACAAGUCACUGAAGCAACUUAUAUAUUUUGAAGACCUUCCAGAAAGUGCAUCGGCAGCAACAAGUCUCCACUCAGCACCAGGAGAUAUUUGAAUGCCGCUACCCACAAUCCCUUUCAAUCACGGCGAGCUGCUGGCUGAAAUGGCCACGGUUGGGCGUCUGAGUGCCACAGAACGCCUGAAGCAUGCCCAGAAGCGACGUGCUCAGCAGCUGAAGGCCUGGGUGCAGAUGGAGAAGGACUCAGUGCGAGGGUCGAGGGCCAAGGCGGACAAGAAGAAGGCACGCACCACCAAAGUGACAUUCCCUUAUACCGUCACCCUUCUAGAUGCAGCUGCUCGCAAUGAUGUGGAGGAAGUGAGGGAGCUGCUUAACAGUGGUAUCAGCCCAGAUCUGGUCAAUGAGGAUGGAUUGACAGCCCUUCAUCAGUGCUGCAUUGAUGACUUUGUGGAGAUAGUGCAAUGUCUGCUGGAUGCUGGUGCCUGUGUGAAUGCCUGCGAUAGUGAGUUAUGGACACCACUGCAUGCUGCUGCCACCUGUGGACACACUGGUCUGGUGCAGCUCCUGAUCCAGGCUGGGGCUGACCUGCUGGCUGUCAAUGCAGACGGCAACAUGCCCUAUGACCUCUGUGAGGACGAGGCCACCCUCGAGCUGCUGGAGAUGGUUAUGGCUGAACAGGGGAUAACUCAGGACCGUAUAGAUGAAUGCAGAGGAGCUAAAGAGGCGGCCAUGCUAGCCGACAUUCGGGUUCUGCUUCAGAGCAAAGCAGACUUAAACGCUCAGGACAAUAAUGGAGCAACACUGCUCCAUAUAGCAUCUGCUAAUGGCUACGCAUCAGUGGCAGAGCUGUUACUGGAGAACAGGGCUGAGGUGGAGGUGAAGGACGCUGAUGGCUGGACACCCCUACAUGCUGCCUCCUGCUGGGGACAAAUCCAAAUGGUUGAACUGCUGGUAGCACAUGGAGCUAAUCUGAACACCAAGUCUGUCCUGGAGGAGACGCCUCUUGAGGUGUGUGUGGAUGAGGAGGUGAGAGCCAGAUUAAUGGACUUAAAGCACAAACAUGAUGCCAUCAUGAAGAGCCAAGACCGGCAGAAGGGCACACUGCAAAGACGAGCCUCCAGUACCGGCAGCAGAGGCAAGGUGGUACGACGUGUCAGUGUGAACGAGCGUUCAAGUCUGUACCGACGAGAGCAUCACAAAGAGGCCAUGGUGUGGCAGGAGCGCGGUCGACAGCCUGAUCCACAGGACGACGAUGAAGACAGACAGACAGACAAUGAGCUGCACCAGCAUGCCACCAUGGCGGCUGGCUCUACAGCAACAUCACGUUUAGAGGAACUGGAGGCUGCAGACAGGAAUAUAGUGUCCAGCCUUGGUAAUGGAGGGACAUCUGUUUCCCUGGCUGCCUCUGUGCCUGGAGAGCUGUGGAGCGGUGGUGGUCGCAUGGAGCGCAGCGCAUCCUACCAGCUCAGCCCUCUAUCUGCACCUGCAGAGGGCGAGGGGGCAGACAAUAUGACUCGAGAGAAGUCACACCACACUCUGGCUGACCUGAAACGCCAGCGGGCAGCCGCCAAGCUCAAUAAAUACCCUGCACCUCCACCUCCUCUGCCCCCUCCCUUAGAGGAGGAGCCUUCUGUGGCAGCAGCCGAGAGUACGACCGCUCAGGCUGAGCCUGAGCUCCAAGUGACACCCAGUCCAGAACAGGCGGCUUCCCCAAGCCAGGUGUAUUUCACCCCAGCCAGCGGAGAUCCUCCAUUACUGAAACUACGAGCUCCUGAGGAGGACCAGUCUAACAACAAGGAGCCCUGCUGUGGACUCAUGUAGACUCACUCGGACAUUAACUCAUACUGCCUGCAGAGAGGCUCGGGCUGUUGAACAAAGUGGCAAAAACAUUUCAAAACAACACGUUUGUAAAUGAAUCACGUAAGACUGAAAGUUAAGGCCAUGUGCCAGUGAGGGUUCAGUUCAUUUCAGAUUACUCAACUGCAAUCCACAGAGUGUACUCUCUUUGCUUAUAUUUUUCAAUCAGUAUGAUUCCUUUACAUUUUAUACUCAAGGCCCCUGACGCUUAAUUAGAGGCAGCACAUCGACUGUAUAUAUGCAGUAGCAUUCCUGGUGUGGAGCUGCAGUAUCAAGGUCUCGCCAAUACAUGCGCUCAGCCAAUCGCACGUGUGUCUUAACUGUCAAUCAAGACAUUAAAUAACAAAUUAAUACCAAACUUACUGAAAAAUGAGCACUUGAACAUACAUCAGUGUGAUUAUAACUUCCUGAAAUCACAGAAACCUUUUGGAGAAAAAAGCAGUCACAAGCAAAGAUCAUGAUUAUGGUCUUCACUCAACAAGCCUUAGAAUCCCUCGAAAUAUGAAUUAUCCAAAUAAAUCUGAAUGAAAUUGAAGUGAUUUACCUUUAACUAAGAAUGAAUGAAUGACUGAGGUUCAAGUUGUGUGGAGGCAGAUUCACAUUAAACAAAGAUUCAAAUCAGUACAGGAUAUGAGAAAUGAAUUCACGUCCUUACAAACUACAUAGAGCACAGCCCACACACAACCCAGUGUGUGUGUAACCUCCUAAACCCCCAACUCCAUCUCCCGUUGAUUCAGGAAAACCAGAGGCCUGGACUACGAAGCACGACUUGUGGAUUUUAAAGAUGGUACAUUGCCAUGGCAACUUACCACUGCACAUCUAACGACCUCAACUUCUGACCAAUCAGAUCACUGGAAAAGUAGUUGUUCCUUCAAAAUCCUGACAAAAGAGUUAUAAGUUAGUAAAGUGACAACUAAUAAAAAGCAAAAGAUAUUGAGACGUUUUACUGUUCCAGAGCUUCUAACAGAGAGAAGUUAAUCCUAAACAGCUAUACAUAACUAUUACAGCUUUAUUUUCUGAUUCCCACUUUGAUUGUUUUACUUUUCACAAUCACACGAGGAGACUCAAUGUUUUUUAUUAGAAAAAAUAUCCACACAGUUUGAAUAUUUGUUUAGAUUGACCUCAUCAGAUAUAAAAUACCUUCUUCUGUCCUCUCUGCUCUGAUAUAAGAAACAGUCUGACAGUACCUUUAUUCAUAACAGCCUGUUGAUCGUCAGAAGAAAGCAAAACUACUCUCUCAGUGAGAAACUUAAGAAUACUUAUUAACAAUAUGUCCUUUGCCUUAUUUUGAUAAUGGGGUAAUAAUUAUUUCCAGUGGCUCUUUUCUAUUCUUGUUGUGUUAUAAUUUUGUUUACAUUUGAUCUUGUUGAAUGUCACUUAUAACCGUUGCUAUAACCAGAUUUACCUGCAGUUGGCAUUGUUUCUUGUCUCGUAGUUAGUCCUAUACCCAUGGUUUUGAUGUUGUCGAUUGUUAUUGACGGCAGCAACGGUGACCAGCAUCACGUUAGACGUCAUCCAGGACGGCUGAUGUUCGGCUCAGUGAAGCGAGGUUACUAUGAGAUAUUCCGGGUAUGUUGAACUUGCUAUGCGGUACAGGCCUCAGAUGUUAUCUGCUGUAAAAGUCUUAAAACAUUACAACAUUGAUACAAGACAUGAAUCAACACAAUAUUCACACAGUCCAGGUCGAGAUGACCCACCAACGAACUGUCCCAUCAUUCCCUGCCAAAAACGUAGAGUCACAAAGCUUCACAUAAUCAUUACAUAAUCAUUGCAUCAUUACAACUAUUCUGAAGCUACAUUUACACAGCUGUUUUCUUACUUGAUUAAUUUCUUUUAUUAUUUUUCCAAUGCACAAAAAAGCCCUAAUUUCAACAUGUGUUCUCAUGCAAUUUGUAAAUGAAAUGCUCUCUCUCUUUAUAUUUCUAUUUUUCUAGCCUCUGAAUGGAAUCACAUUAUUUAUUCUAUCUGAUUCUGAAUGUUGCUCACAUGUACAGUUAUUGUACCAUUUUUUUAAAAGGAUGAAUAUAUAAAGAUUUAAACCUGAGGGCAAGAUAUUUUUGUGCUAACAGAAGUAAUGAAGAGAUGGAAAAUAUGAUGAUUCAGGGUUGAUGUCUUCUCAGAUUUGACAGCACAGUAGGUUUGCAGUUCUUGCACAAAGUCGCACAUGUAAAUUUGGUGAGUGGUGGAAUUUAAUGAUCUGUCGGACAAUCUGAUGAUUUUGUUAGUGAUUUAUAAAAACAAACAUAAAAUUGUUCAUGUUUUCA